AUGCUCGUGUUGUGUUGACUGCAGAGAAUACAUUAUUCUAAAGUCGUUAAUUCGCGUCACUAAAACAACGUUUUUAUGGGAAACUUUGUUUAAUGGGAUUAUUCGUCGUAUUAAUUAAUCUUUUUCUACAUUGAAACAAAGAAGAAUAUGUUUGGUGUACUUUGACGUCAAUUGGUGUUUGAUCAUAAGUGCCUUCCAAAAGUUUUAAAAGUUGGACAAGUUACAAGUUUUAAAGUGCCUGUUUUUUUGUUAAAAUGUGUAAAAAUAAGUUAAUUGGUGAAUGUUUAUAAUCAAAACAACUGUGAUAUCUUCAACACAGAUAGCAUGGCGUAGAUAACUGCUACACUAUUGGCUGUCAAACAUAUUAUCAAUCGCUAUUUAUUUUAACGAUUCCUUGAUGCGGUGACAAAAUGGACGCGGCGGACAAGCGAAUGUUGGAUCGCGAGGCGCUCCGCAACAUGAUCCAACAGUGGAACGCCAACCGCCUCGAUCUGUUUGAGCUCAGCGAACCGAAUGAGAACCUCGAAUUCCAUGGUGUUAUGCGAUUCUACUUUCAAGAUUCGGGUCAAAAGAUAGCAACGAAAUGCAUUCGUGUAGCGUCCGAUGCUACCGUCAGCGAUGUUAUAGAAACACUCAUAGAGAAAUUCCGUCCAGACAUGCGUAUGUUAUCGCUCGGUUCGUACUCCCUAUGGGAGACACACGGGCCAGAUGACGAGAGGAAGCUGGAGCCGCACGAGAAGCCACUGCUGGUGCAACUCAACUGGCACGCGGACGAUCGUGAAGGGCGCUUCUUGCUUAAGUGCUGUAGUGGGAAUGAGAUGCCUUUAUCUGCUGUGAACGAGAAAGGGGACCAAAAUUUUAAGCGAAAACUUUCUAAACGGGAAAAGAAAGAACUGAAGAAAAAAGAAAAAUUAUCGAGACUGAAAUCCGACACAAACGAUGAAAACCGUCCAGUAGCUGAGAAAUUAUAUACAGAAUUACCGGAAACGUCAUUUACACGAAGCAUCAGCAACCCGGAGGCUGUGAUGCGCCGGCGCAGACAACAGAAACUCGAGAGGAAGUUGCAGCAAUUUCGCUCUAAGGACGGCGGACCGGAUACUGGUGGCACGCUAAAAAUCUACGGGUCUUCACUUUGCCCAUCAGUUCCAUACAAGACGCUAUUACUCUCAGUGGGCGACUGCGCCGCGGCGAUCGUACGCGAGAUGCUCGACAAGUACGGACUUUCGAGACACGACCCGCACCACUAUUGUAUUGUGCAGGUGGACGCAGCCGACAACUCGGAGUACAUACUGGAGGACGACGAGUGCCCGCUCGCGAUCGUCAUGACGCACCCGCACCGCAGUUCUAUAAUGUUCCACGUGCGGCGGCGGCCGUCGGACGCCCAGCCGCGGCGCAGGAAGAAGAAAGCCGGCUCGAACGCGAGCUCGAGCGCGCGGCCCGGCAACGAGCCCAUGCUCAUAGAGGUGACGCCCGACGGCACCGCGCUAGAGAACGGGAGACGGGUCCGCAUCACUGAUGUUGUGGAGGUGGGCUCCGGCAACGGCACAGCACUCCAGCUGUACGGGCCGUCUAUUCAGCCGCGGCACUGCGUGGUGGCGGGCGCGGAGGGCGGCGGCUACACGGUGACUCCGCUACAUACGGAUGCGCACGUUUACGUAAACGGCCGCAGGACUAUGCACACUGCGAGAUUGCAGCACGGGUGUCUGCUGAAAUUCGGACGCGUAUCCACGUUCCGCUUCGUGGACCCCGCUCAAGAGAACCUCAUCAACCGAAACCUCUCCCAGUCGCAACACUACGGCUCCGGCUCGAUAUACGACAGGUCGGGCGCGGACAGCGGCGCCAUGUCGCCCGCUUCGCUCGCGGAGCACGGCGCGGAGCCGAACGCGAACGCGAACGCGAACACGAACGCGAACGAGGCGGAGUUCCCGCGCGCGGCCAGCCCCGGCUCGCACGACACGUACGCGUACGAGCACCAGCCGUACAACAACAACACGCUCAAGCUCGACAACGAGUCGCUCGUGGCGUCCGACUCGAAGGACGAGUACGUGCGCGACGAGCACUCGAACGUGUACGCGGAGCAGGACCAGUCGCGCACGCACUCGCAGUACAAGGACAACUAUGAGACGACCUUCGAUCUAGAUGGCAAUGUCGAAACCAAGAGUAUAUGCAGCGCGAAAAGUGGCGGCUCAGGACACGAGAACAGGAGCAGUGGCAGCUGGCGGCCGGGCCAAGAGGCGAUACUCCCCGCUGUACUGGAGUUCCCAGAAGCGGGGCAGGCGCAGUUCCUCGCUGCGGUCAUCACACGCCUGGACCCACACGCACCAGCCUUCAAACUGGCGCCCGUUUAUACCCUUUACUUGUGCGCAAGAUAUCGCGCUUCGACUCACUAUCGGCCCGAGUUGACGCCGACCGAGAGAGCUCACAAAUUGACAGCUUUCCUACAUCACGUCGCAACGCUCAUACACGCCACCGUUCAGGAACGAUGCACUGAUUCCGCCGCUCAAGCGUUUUGGAUGGCGAACGCUAGUGAACUUUUACACUUUCUGAAAUGUGACCGACACAUAUCUUCGUUUUCAACUCAAGCACAGGAGUUGUUGCCUACAACUGUACAAAAUGCAUUCAGCAACCUAGUGUCCUGUUUCGCGGAGGAGCUGCGCGGCGCUGUGGGUGAGAUGGCCCGCGGCGGGGGCGCGCUGGCGGACGGCACGGAGGCCACCGCGCCCGUGCUGCAGGCGCUGGCCGCGGCUAUGGUGCUGCUGCGGAGGUGCAGGGUGAACGCGGCGCUCACUAUACAGCUGUUCUCGCAUCUGUUCCAUUUUAUCAACGCUAUUGCGUUUAAUAAGCUGGUGACGGAGCCGAGCAACGUGAGCGCGCGGUGGGGCGCGGCGCUGUCGGCGCGGCUGGCGCUGCUCGCCGCGUGGGCCGAGCGGCAGGGGCUCGAGCUGGCGGCUGACUGCCACCUCGCGCGCACGCACCAAGCCGCGCGUCUGAUCCAAGGCGAGUACCGCACCGCGGAGGAGGUCCGCGCGGCGCUGGCGGCGUGCUUCAAGUUGAACUCGGUGCAGGUGCGCGCGCUGCUCGCGCCGCUGCUGCCGCCCGAGCUGCUCGACGCGGCCGUGCAGCAUGCGCGUGCGCUCGCUGACGAGCUGUACCGCGCCGACGGCCGGGAGAUACGAUUGGAAGAGAAUGAAUGGUUGGGCGCAGCGCUACUAAUCCCUGGCGAUGGAUUCAGCGCUGAAGUCGUUCGAGGAGUUCCACCAGGUCUAGCGGAGUUCGUGGCGCCCCUGCAGCGCGGCGGGCUGUGCCGGCUGGCGCACCAGCCGCACGCGGCGGGGCUGUGGACGGUGUACAUGCACGCGUACGGCGCGCCGCCGCGCCGCGCGCCCGACCCGCGCCCGCAGAUCAUACAGCUGCACAAGAACACCAGCGGCAUGGGGCUCAGCAUCGUCGCCGCUAAGGGUGCAGGGCAGAGCAAGCUGGGCAUCUACAUCAAGUCGGUGGUAGCGGGCGGUGCGGCGGCGGCCGACGGGCGGCUCGCGGCCGGAGACCAGCUGCUGUCGGUGGACGGACACUCGCUAGUUGGCAUCUCGCAGGAAAAGGCGGCAGAGUACCUAGUGAGGACAGGACCGACAGUUACUUUGGAAGUAGCGAAGCAAGGGGCUGUUUUGCAUGGUCUUGCAACGUUAUUGCAUCAACCAACGUACAGUCAAAACAGACAAGGUGGGAGUGCGGGUGGGUCUGUUGCGGGUGUUGGCGUGGCGGGCGCGCGGCGCGCGUCGGAGCGCGACCUGCCCGCGCGGCUGGCGGCCGAGCCGGUGAAGCCCAGCAAGAGCACGCCCGCGCUGCACCACGCGCCCGCAGCCGCGCCUGCACACCAGGCGCACGCGCACGCCAACGUCUCUGGCCCGUUAAGCCCGGGUGCUCAAUCGGUGGCAAGCAACUCGUGGGCCAACAAAUCCCGCAGCAGCCACAACCUGUCCACACCGCAUGGCGAUUCUUUCUACCAGAAUCUAUCGUCGGUACACGACAAACAAGACAGCAGAUGGUCAUCUCUCCGCUCCUCGGGUAGUGGACGGCCCCAGUCCGCUCACUUUAACUCCACGGAACCAUCCAACGAACCAAGUCCCGCUCAACAACAUCAGGUUAAUCAAGCGAACGCGAGGGCCGCAAAACUUGCAGAAAUGUCCGAAGAAGUAAACAGAAGACAACAACUUCAACAUCAACAUUUACAACAACAUCAACACAUGCAAUACCAAAAGCCCGUAAUGCCGCAGAUGUACGUGCACACAGGGUACGGACAGGGCCCACAAGGGUUGUAUGGAUCUUCGCCACAAGGGUUGCAAAAUACCCCUGGAUCAAUGCAAGGGUUGCAAAACGUGCAAGGUUCGAUGCAUGGCUUGCAAAAUGUACAAGGCUCAAUGCAGGGGCUACAGAACGUUCAAGGAUCCAUGCAAAACGUGCAGGGAUCAAUGCAAGCUUUACAAAACUCGCAGGGCUCAAUGCACGGAUUGCAAAAUGCGCAAGGCUCAGUACACGGAAUGCAGACUUCCCAGUCGAUGCAUGGAUUGCAAAAUGUUCAAGGUUCGAUGCACGGGCUGCAAAACACUCAAGGCUCGAUGCAGGGCUUGUUAAACGUGCAAGGUUCGAUGCAAGGGCUACAAGCUAUGAGUCCUCAGAACCAACAACCGUCACCGCAACUACACGGCUCGCAGUACUUACACUCGCAACACCAGAGCCCGCACUAUCACAAUCAACACGGUCAACAACAGCCUCAACGCUACGAGUGGCACCAGCCUGGCCCGCCAUCACCACAACGGUCCCAACCACCAGUGGCUCCCAAACCGCACGGCCGCAGACCCGAAACGGAAGUCGACGAGAUGCCGCACCAGCAUGGCGCCAGUUCUGUGCAACCGGAUGAUGAGCGGUACGUAGCGAGUGCACUAGACCCGCCAGCUGUAUCAGUGUACCCGGCGGCACCAGCGGGCGGGGCGGGCCGCGGGCUGGCGCCGCACAACCCCUGGCAGCGGGAGGAGCGCGAGCGGCAGGCUGAGGCGAGGCGGGCUGCGGCACGGGCACGCAGAGAUGCAGCUAUAGCACAAUUGCUAGCGCUAGGAGCAUCGCGAACACCAGUACAAAACCAACAACUACGCGCUUUGCAACUCGAGAGAGACUUCGAAAGACGUGCCACACAAGAUGAACAGGACGAAGCCGGUACUGGUGAAGGCAGCCCCGAAGAGGAAUCAAUACAACCAGAGCUAUUAGAUCACGAGAGAGACCUACGAUCAUCACACGGGCCGCACGUAGCAACGCAGCCGCAGCCACAACCACACAUGCAUCAACAACAACACGUACAUACGCAACAGCAACACGUACAUUCGCAACAGCAACACGUACAUUCGCAACAGCAACACGUUCAUCCGCAACAGCAACACGUACAUCCGCAACAGCAACACGUACAUUCGCAACAGCAACAUGUACAUUCACAACAGCAGUCGCAAUCGCAGCCGCAACCUAAGUCGAUAUUGAAGACGAACACGCGAACCGAAAUUGUCAACGGAUAUUCAACGCAUGUUAGCACAACAGAAGAGACGAGGAUAUCCGAUCUCUCGACAAGCGUGUCCAACCUCUCGAUGUCCGUAUCGAGCACGACGAACAACACGAGUAGCGGGGAGCCGCUACCGCCCGCUCCGCCGGAACGUGGGUCGUCCUUCGCGGUGAUGGCGGGCCGCCGCGCGAUGUCGCCGCACACACAGCACGCGCACCAGCAGCUCCCACAUGACAAUGUGGCGCCGCAAUCACCAGUGAGUGCGACCCGUGACAAGCGCGUGUCCUUCCACGAGCGGGCCGCAGAAGCAGCCGAAGCAACCUCCCCCGGACAAUCUCCAGGCUCGUCCCCCCCUCCCGGGCCAGCAGCACCCCCCGCCCCGCCCGCCUCCUCACCGCCACCGCUAGACACGCCCGUGCAGAGGGAGGACCCCGACCGUUUCAUAGAGGAAGCGGAGAGCAUGAUGUCGGGCCCCAACAUGACGUCCACCACGUCGCCACUCAACACUCACACGCCCGGCGUCAUCGGCGCGCAGGAGGUCUACAGAGACCCAGUAGCGCGUCGCCUAGCCGCAGCCCGGGCCCGCGCGGCCCCAGCUCCAGUCCCAGAGCAACUAUCGUUCAAGGAGAAGAUGAAGAUGUUCGCGCUCGAGUCGGGCGAGGCGUCCACGCCCAAGGAUAAGGUACACGCUGUGAAGAUAUCGCGCGCCCAAAGAGACAUCGACGCGGUACACUGAAGAAUUCGUCCCAUUACCCUUUAAUAUAGAUAGAAAUAUACAUUAUAAAUGUAGUAUUUGCAGCUGAUUCAGUAUUAAAGCAAUACGUUCGUCUAUUUAUAAAUAUCAAAUGAUACUGCGUAGCCUUCCACGGGCGAUAAAUAUUUUAUUCGAUACGAAAUAAGCGCGGACCACUCACUAUACAACGAGACGACGUCUCAAUUGCCUUUCUUUGUAAAACCAAUUGCACCAAUUUACAAUUAGUAGGGGAUAAGUAAUGUUUUAAAACAUAUAUUUUAUGGCAGUAAAUUUAAAGUAAUAUUUUUAACAGAUUUAAUGUCGCCUUAGCAGCUAGUGCAAUUAUUUAAUAGUGAUAACGAUAGCAACUAUUUACCACGUAACGUUUAUACUUAUUGUGAGCUCGUACUAUUCGUGACGGAUGGCACAUAACAUUCUAAAGGUUUUAUUUUCCAAAUUAGUAGUGCCAUUUAUUUAAAUAAAUUGUUAAUGUUUGCCACAUUAGAGUUUUAUUAGAAGGACCAAAAAUAAUAUGUAUUUCUGUGGGUGCCUUUAUGUGUACUUAGUGUAAUUGAACAUAUCCAUAUUUAUGUAAACUCAUAAAUUAUUUAUAUAGUCCCGCUGCCUUUUUAGCUUCAUUACAUUCCAAAGAAUGAACCUUUCGAAUUAUUUCUUCCUAAAGCAUUCCUUGACUCGAGUUUUAUAGAUAGUCUAUAAAUGGAAAAAAUAUUUAUAUCUAUUACUAUUAUUAAAUACUAUGAAAUUAUUUGUACAACAAAAGCAAUAAAACAGUGAGCUUUUGUGUAUAUAGAAGUAUAAAAUAAAAAUAAAAUAAUUAGCACUAUGUUGUGCCAAAAAAUUUGUACCAUUACGAUGCGGACGUUGGCAUAGAACGAUAACUAUAUAAUUUUUGUAUUGAUUUCAAGUGUUGACAUCGGAUUCCAAUGACUCGUAAUUAAUGUUCGAUAGAAAGAGAUAUUUAAAUUAUAUGACGAUGAGUAUGAAAACAUUUGUACCGUUUUUGAGCCUAAAGAUUAGUUUCUGGAAUCCAUAGGUGUUGUCUACAUCCAAGGCACUAAUAUAAUGUAAAUAUUAAAUUUUGUAGUAGACUUCUAUGAUUGUGUUAUUUGUACACAUAUUUUUAUUUGUAAAUGAAAUUUAUAUUUAACGUAUAUAAAAUAUCUAUAAUACAUAGAACACAUAGUGACGAGAGGCCUAGACGUAGCGGUAGGUAUAUGAUAGUUCUAGCCACUGGGCUCCUUGCUCCCAGUAUUUCACCCAACGAUAGUCAAUUAGAAAGUGUUUAAGAUUAAAUUUAGUUUCUCCCCUUUAUAUCACUUAGCCUGUAUAUAAAUCAUUAUUGAUGUCUUAGUUCUGAUUAUAAUUAUUAUUUAAAUAUUAUAAUUGGGAAAUUGUAACACAAAUUAAUUAUAUUGUUAUUCAUAGAUGAUAGAUCCUAUUGUACUACAUUUAAUUGAAAAUUUUAAUAAAUUAACGAUACAA